AAAUUUUCCUCUUGUUUACAUUUUUCUUAUUUUUUCAUUCUUUUGUAAUUUGUUUCCUGUCAAAGUAAAACUAGAAAAAACAUUAUGCAAAAAGAAAAGCAUACAAAUAAAAGAGAACUGAACAGGAACCAUAGGAAGAGAAAGCAUAGCUCAACAUGCUCGGAUAGUUCAUCCAGCUCAGACUCUGGAAGUGAUUCCAACACUAGUUCAUCCAGUAGCAGCUCCGAGGAUGAUAGCAGGAAAAGGAAAAGAUCUAAAAAAAUGAUAAAGAAAUCAAGAAGAAAGGACUGCUCUAACUCUAGUACUCCCAGUACCCCUAGGUUUUCAUCAGAUGCCUCUACUUCCCAUUCUUCUAGUUCUUCUGAAUUGUCUGAGAGUGGACAUAGCUCUUCUUCAAGCCAUAGUUCCUCUGCUCAGAGUUCUUCCUCAGAUGAUAUCAAAAAAACCAAAAAGAAAUAUAAACUUCUUUUAAAGAAGAAAAUCAAGCAAAAACAGAAGGCUAUUCAAAUUGAAACCAGAAAAGCAAAGAAGUUGAAAAAAAAGAAAGCUCGCCAAAAAGAAUUGAAAAGAAAAAGAGCAAGACAAGAAGCCAGUAUUAUUGCUACUGAACCUGUGCCCGAAGAAAAGGGUCCAAAAAAAAGCAAAAAGAAAGAAACAAGUAACAACCAUAAGGAAGAGAAAAAUGAGGGAUCAAAUGAUAUUCCCAUAGAAUUAAUGGACAAAAGUAAAGCCAUGGCUCCCAUGAGAAAGGAGGAAUGGGAAAAAAAGCAGAGUGUUAUCCGUAGGGUCUAUGAUGAGGAAACUGGACGACACAGACUUAUAAAGGGAGAUGGGGAAGUCUUAGAAGAGAUCGUGAGUAAAGACAGGCAUAAAGAAAUUAACAAGCAAGCUACUAAAGGGGACGGCGAAUAUUUUAAAAAUAAACUAGCUAACAAUUUAAAAAAAUAGUAAAUAUUUUACAGUUCAGGUUAGUAGUUGUAAUUAGUUGGCUAAAUAUUACUUUUUGUUACCUUAUGUUAACAAUAUUUUUUAAUAUUGUUUUAUUUUGUAAGUUUUACUUUAACGUCUGUAUGUUCUUAAUAUACAUACAGCAUAAUAAACUUGUAAAACAUUUAGAUCAAUAAUAUAAUAUUGUAAAAAUUAUUAAUAUUUUUAAUGCUAUAUGUCUGUGUAUUUUAGUAAAAAAGCUAUUAAAAUUGUAGUUGACGAUA